GCUCAGCUGGUCCCCUCCUGGCUCAUGUGACUGAGGGCCAACUAUAAAUAUCGGAGGGGCCUCAGACUGAGGCAGAAUCUGAGUGUCAGGAGGAGAGGGCAAAGAAGAUUGGAGUGGGUGUUUGGAGACAAAAGACAAGACCUUCCACCCCAGCUCUGCUCAGCUCAAGGCAGGUUGGAGAGGCAGCCGCACGUUCGGGAAUAUGGAUUACAAGUCAGGCCUGAUCCCAGAUGGGAACCCCAUGGAAAACCUGGAGAAGCAGCUGAUCUGCCCUAUCUGUCUGGAGAUGUUUACCAAGCCUGUGGUCAUCCUGCCCUGCCAGCAUAACCUCUGCCGGAAGUGUGCCAAUGACAUCUUCCAGGCUGCAAAUCCCUACUGGACCAACCGGGGCGGCUCGGUGUCCAUGUCUGGAGGCCGUUUCCGCUGCCCCUCGUGCCGCCACGAGGUGAUCAUGGACCGUCAUGGGGUGUAUGGCCUGCAGCGGAAUCUGCUGGUGGAGAAUAUCAUCGACAUCUACAAGCAGGAGUGCUCCAGCCGGCCCCUGCAGAAGGGCAGCCACCCGAUGUGCAAGGAGCACGAGGAUGAGAAAAUCAACAUCUACUGCCUCACAUGCGAGAUGCCCACCUGCUCCAUGUGCAAGGUGUUCGGGGCCCACCAGGCCUGCGAGGUGGCCCCGCUACAGAGCGUCUUCCAGGGACAGAAGACGGAACUGAGCAACUGCAUCUCCAUGCUGGUGGCCGGGAACGAUCGAGCACAGACCAUCAUCACGCAGCUGGAGGACUCCUGUCGAGUGACCAAGGAGAAUAGCCACCAGGUAAAGGAAGCACUGAGCCAGAAGUUUGAUGCCCUGUACGCCAUCCUGGAUGAGAAGAAGAGCGAGUUGCUGCAGCGGAUCACGCAGGAACAGGAGGAGAAGCUCAGCUUCAUCGAGGCCCUGAUCCUGCAAUACCGGGAGCAGCUGGACAAGUCCACCAAGCUGGUGGAGACAGCCAUCCAGUCCCUGGAUGAGCCUGGUGGGGCCACCUUCCUCUUGAGUGCCAAGCCUCUCAUUAAAAGCAUUGUGGAAGCUUCCAAGGGCUGCCAGCUGGGGAAGACAGAGCAGGGCUUUGAAAACAUGGACUACUUCACGGUGGACUUAGAGCACAUCGCAGAAGCCCUGCGGGCCAUCGACUUUGGGACAGAUGAGGAGGAGGAAGAGUUCAUUGAAGAUGAAGAAGAGCAGGAAGAGGAGGUAUCCACAGAAGAGAAGGAAGGACACCAGUAAGGAGCUGGAUGAGAGAGACCCCCUGGAUGCAGGGAGACUGGGAAGCAGGGGUGGGGAUGGGCCUGGUUGCCUUGGUGACAGGCCCAGAGUGGGAGGGGUCAGAGUCCCUGGAGGGGCAACAGGGAGGUAAGUCUUCUCUCUGCUCAGAGAGCAGAGACUAGAGUAGAACCCCCACCGCUGUGUUCAGCAGCCACUGAAGCAGAAUUGAAAAUGUGCUUGAAACAAUCACACCGGACACUUUUCUACCUUGGUGCAAAGUGAAAUAUUUUGUACGUUUUUAAAAUGUGAUUUUUUUUUUUUUUUGUAAAUACUUGUAUAUGUAUGCCAAUUUGGUGCUUUUUGUAAAGAAACUUUUUGUAUGGUCAUGCCUGGUCAUUGUGUGACUGGUGAUGGUUAGAGAGAGGGGAAGGAAGGCAGGUUGAUAGAGUUGCCCACUUCCUCUUCUCUGUGGGAGAGCUAGGUAGCCCUCCCUGGCCUAGAAGAGGAUAAUGUACUGUAUUCCAGUGCCUGUGCUGUCAGGGGCAGGCACUGUGUGUGUUCUAUGUUGUUUCAAUAAAUGCACAA